UCUACUUUUCUUCAAAAUCUUUUAUAAAACACAGCUUUUUAUUGAAACUGAACUGAAACAUUCCUGUAAUGCUUUAUGAUAAAUGACAGAGGGUGGAAGAAGCAACAAAUCUCCAAAGCAUAUCUUCAGAGGGCAGACUAUACCAGAAAGAAGAUUUGUAGAAACAGUAAAUCAUGAAGCAUAUCAUUAUCAAAUUGGUGACUUUCCAGCAGAAUGGGAAGCAUGGAUAAGGAAAAAAAGAGAAGAUCCACCCACCAUUGAGGAGAUUCUAAGGAAUGAAAAUUACAGAGAAGAAAUGAAGCAGAAAGUCAAGGAAGUAUCUGAAAAGGAUAAGCUGCUUCAGGCCAAGGAGUAUGAGGAAGGACUUGUUGCUGAACCAAGUCAUACUCAGGUUAAAGGCCAUGCAUCUGCCCCUUAUUAUGGAAAGAAGGAGCCCUCACAAGACCCCACAAGCACUGCAAAUACCUUCCAGCCAGGUGCCUGGAUGCCACCAGGCAGUGGGAGUAGUCAAAAUAAAUAAGCAAUUUAACGGACAGAUGUUGUUAAUGGAUAAAUAUGGUAACAGAUGACAUACACAGUUGUUAUAUACAAUAGUAAAAUGAAGUAGUAUUAUAAAGCAGUUUCA